CGUUUGUGAAACCCACUGCAGCCAUUCAAAUUAUUGGUGGCUUCAAUUUCACCUCGUAGAUACAUGCUUCUAUAACCUCCAUAGUUUCUGUUUUAUAUCCCUCCCCCAUUGUUUGCCGGUGCUUUUAAAACGAAAAAUUCUCAUAUGAGUUGCUCCAUCUGAAUCUGGGUUUUCAAAAAGUUAGGGAAUCGCUUCAUUGAUAUGGUUCAGACAUGUUAGCAGUGUAUCCCUCGGGAACUAUCAAAAAAAUCGACAUUCCUUUUAGAUUCAAUGCCCCUUCGCGCGGAUACAGAGCCACUACUUUUGGUCAUUUGACUAGUAGUUGUUCUUUCUUCCCGGGAUCAAGAGUUCCUAGGAGCAAUGCAGAGUUUUAUCACUCAUCCUUUUUUCCACCAGGCCAACUUAAUCAUCGAAGGAAUUGGAUGUUUUGUUGUUCACGCAACAAUUCGGAUGAAGAGUACCGUUCAUCACGCAACAUAGCUAUAAGUCUUUUAAGACGUUACAGGACGGUCAUUGAACGCGGUCAAGGCGAAACCUUAAAAGAAUUCAUUUCUGCUGGUGUGAACGCGUAUGCGCUCGGUUGCACGGAUGAAGAUUUGAGAAAAGAACUUAUGGAUAUGAAAGAAUCGGGUCUAGAGAUCGAUAGAAUGGAAAGUUACCAGGGAAGCACACAAACUAAGUCCAAGAUUUUGAUGUCCGAGGUGGAUGAAUGCAUAUUGUGGCUUAGCAUUGUUUUCAUCACAAUCUUGUGUACGCCGCAACCCACGAUCGUGAGAUGGUCAUCGAGUCCUUCGGUUUCAGAUGAAAUUCUAAGUAAAUGGAGAGGGUUUUGUGCGGUUAUAGCCAAUGCAUACUAUAUCAAGGGAAUGGCAUGGCUGCCGGUGAAGACUCUUCAAUUGGAACAGUUGGCAGUAAUGGGACACACGGAGGAGCCGUCGGUUGUGGCCAGCAGAAUGCGACUCGUCUUUAGCACUCUCGAGGUCAGCUUCCUUGUUUGUGUUUUGAGAAAUAGAUUCUUAUCAUAUUUAUAUUGUGUGAAUUUAAAUCAACCAACGAUUGAUUUCUCUCUGCUUGUUUACUUUUGUUGUCAUUUUCUAGAUUAUGAAUUAAUAUGAUAUUUUGAUGAUUAUUUUAAAUACAAAAAGGUCUUAUA